AUGGCGCAUUCAUAUUCUUCGAACCCGUUCUCUACGGGCACACCCUCCUACGCUCCUCAACAGCCCUACUAUCCUAUCCCACAUAAUGGAACUCAGCAGCCUAUCCAUACUCCUCCAAGCUUAACACAGCAGAGCUCGCAGUCGGUUGCCUACCAGCACCAACCGGUGACGAACACUUCGAGAUUUGAGUCAAAUUCGCAACCCAUGGGACCUGCGCCUACCUUCAAUCCUUUCCACCCUCCACCAAUUCCCCCCUCUACUCUGAGCGCCGACUUCUUCAAACAAUUUGCUAAUGCUGGCUUGCCGCCUCCACCGCCUCCCUCGUUUCCUCCUGUGCCUAUUCCUAAUACGACUGGAUUUCCUCGCUUCUCCGCGCAGCCGACUGCUUCGAGUUCUUCACCGUAUACUCCGCAACCUGUCCCUGCUUCCCACUCCUUUGCUUCAGGCGUGAAUCUGGUUGAACAGUCUCGGCAUACCCAGCAGGAACCGUCUUCAGGCAGGCAAAUGGGAAAAGAUGGAAGGGAUCUGCGCCAUCUGAAUGAGCAUACUUCCCGAUCUCAUAACACUAAUCGAGGUGGGAAUGCGCAAGCAGCCCGUGCUGUAUUAAGAGAAGAUGAUGAUAAAGAUCAAUCGCUCCCUUCGUUUGGUUCGCGAUCGGAUUUAGAACUACUUUUUGCCAACCUUCAGAACCAAGUUCCACAGGAAGUUGAUGCACAUCUGGCAAAUUCUAUGUCUAUAGGGGGGUAUGCUGGUGCAAACAGACAGCCAUCCGAGGAACCUGGAGAUGUAUCUCCCUAUGAUCCUACACGACCAGCAACAAUUGAUGACCGAGCCAUGGGUUCAUUCCGUGGCCGGGUUGAUAAAUCUCAGGCUCAAGCGCAGAAGCCAAUGCAGCGCAAGUAUGAUGAUAAGCCGGUACCUGAGCUUCGCCAGUUGGCCAAGGGCGCUCUCUUGUCGCUUGUGCCACAUAAAAUCCUGUAUCCUGAAUUAGUCAAAGAAGGUAUUCAUCCUCAGGUCUUAAGAGAAUUGUACGCGGAACUGGGUAUCAAAGUGGAUUUGGAUCAAGUUCAAUCAACACGAAAAGAGGCAGCCGAGCCAACUCGUACCGUCAUGCCUCACUCAAAUGCACCUGGCUCCCUCUUGGACCAGCAAAAUGUACAGAACCCCUCUGACGACUCCUCAUCAGGUGCACCAUCAGGUGAGGUCUUCCACAAUACAACGGUAACGGAAAAGCAACAAGCUGCUCCGACGCCCAGCAUGGAGCGCAAGGAUCGAAUUGCUCAAUUGCUUGCAGCAAAGGCAGGCCGACCGAGCCCUUCCACUCCCAGUGCAGGUUCACCUGCGCAAAGACAGGAGGCACUGCCGGCAGUUCCUCCUGCUAAUGUCCUCGAAACAUCUAACGCCUCUCCGUCAGCUCCGCACUCUCCACAAUCGCAGCAGGAGACUCGUGCAGUAUCCCAGGCUCAGAUAUCGAAGGCGAAAGCUCAGACAGAACUGGUUCGUGCAAAAAUGGAGCAGCUCAAAAAAGAAGCGCAGGCAAAAAGUACCGCCGUGGGACAGCCACUUUUUGGGACGACAUCUCAGUUGCGAAGCUCGAUCACUCACUCUAGCCUGAUUCCGGGGUUGUUCAUGACGCCUGCAGGCUCUGCUUCCGAUGAAGCUAACACUCAAGCAGACAACAGAAUGUCUGUAAUGUCGUCAGAAGAGCGGCCUGCAGCUAGUCCCAACCCUUUGAAGCGCUCGUUGUCUUCCGACCCUUCUGCCACAAGUACCGAGCCAUUGAUGAAGCGAAUCCAAGUCGAAGAUCCUGACGAACAGUCCGAAGGUGAAAUCAUCGAAGACGAGAGUGAUGCAAUGGCUAUGGACUCCGAAUCUGGAUCUGCAGAAGUUCGAAAUCAAAAACCCCCCCAGUCAUUGCCAGCCGCUGUCGAGGAAAUAGCAGCAGCCCAUCCGUCGCGCAGUGAUUCUGCCGUGGAAGCGGGUAACGACGAUCUAUAUCGGAUAAAGCAGACUGAGAUCGAGGCGAUGCGCAGAAGGAUUGCUGAACUCGAGCAGCGUAACAAGUUGAAACGAAGUAAAAGCGAAGUUGAAUCCCCUGCUUCUUCAAAUCCGUCGACGCCGGUCAUGACAAGAGCUGGAAACCCGUUAAGCAGCCCCCCUACUUCACAGUCUCUAGCAGUGAGUGGAGUCGCAGUGACGUCUAAACAACCCCGGUCAAUCACAAAACUAACACCUGCGCAACUCGCGGAACGGGCGGCGGCGUUGAAGGCAGAUCUCCUCAAGCAGCGCGCAGCUCGACAGAAGGUAUUGCAAGAGGGACUACCUGACCUCAAUCUGGAAGUCUCCAAGACUGAAUUGCGUAUUAAGAAAGUACGGGCUGAUCUCUCCCAAGCUCGAUCGAAUGUUGAAAGCUAUAGAACAGCUUUGGAACAAUCGACAAACCUUGAAAAAGAGCUUGCCGAAGAACUUCACCGCCUCGAAACGCAACUACAAGAGGGCCGUACGGGGCAGAAGCAAUAUUUUGACGAGCUCCAACAAAUUAAGAUGGAAAAGUUAGCCGAAGCUCAAGGAGGCGGACCAUCCAAAGUCGUCGAAACAAUAUCUGAAACGCAGCCCGCAACCGACGCCAGUCCUUUUCCCACGCCGGCCUCAAGACACGUGGAACAGCCAGCUGUAGAAGGAGACAGUGACCCGACUGCAUUCGACCAGAGACUGCCUGAAGACGCUACUUCCAAAACACUUUCGAUGGUCGACCGCGUUGAAGCUGCAAACGUUUCUGGAAGUCCGGAAGACGUCUUGAAUGAUGAACAGCCCGUGAAGGCAGUGAUGGUGCCUGAACAGGAGCCAGAAGAUACUCAAGGGGAGCAGAUUCUCACGCGAGCUGAUACUCUUCAAACACAGGAAAUGGAAAUCUCUCCUGAGCCAGACUCCGUACCCGAGCAAUCAUCAUCUGGAGAUAUGGACUCUGGAGAGGUGACAGAAGAAGACACGGCGAUGGAUAUGGGAGAGGAUAGUGAUGGCAGCGCAAGUAUGUCUGAUUCCGAGAGGGAAGAUGAAGAGUACGAGCCCGCCGCAGCUGAAGAUCCUGGGUCAUUCCCGCAGUCCAUGGAGUCCGACGAAUAUGAUCCUGAGGAGGCUCCUGUCACAGAUGCUACUCCGACUACCAAUCAGUUCGAGAAUGAAACAGAUUUCUACGAACCGUAUGAACAUGCCGAAGAUGUUGACGACCCAGUCAAUGCUGAAUUUACGGAACCGAUGGCGACGGAUCUUGCGCCUGAGCCGACCCCGGCUACGGGAACCCUAUCAGAGGUUCGUGCAGAGAACGACCAUGACGACAUUGAAUCCGGUCCUCAGUUGACGGAAGCGAACGCUUUAGUCAACAAGGAGCAUUUCUCAAACAGCGAAAAUCGUGCCGAAGAAAUGGCCGUCCUUGAUGGCGGAGCGGAAACUAUCUCACGAUUCGUUCCGUAUAAAACCCCUCUAUCGAAUUUCAAAGACUUUCGUUUCCAUGCGGACUACAAGGACAGCGUCAAGACCGGAUAUAAGUCGUUGACUUAUUUCAAUAAUAUCGACCCUUCACGCCCAAUAUGCCCCACCGAACUCUCUGGAGAGACUUGCACUGACCCAUCUUGUGAAGAGCAACAUCUCCAUCAAAUAGGUCUUUCAGAAAAUGCGAUUCUGAGCGAGAUGAGCUCCGGCAGCAACAUGGACAAAGCCACCAAGGACCAGUUUUUCACGGGUCUAAAGGAAGUCAUCGCUGACCUGCGUGCGCGAGAUAUCAAAGAGUUCGAUGGUGUGGCCAAUGCACUGUCGGAAUACCGACGAAAGUUUUUUGCGGUGAGGGAUGGGAGAGACAUCGAGCAUACAGGUAGUGGUUAA